UUAGGCAAGAUACAAGUGUCAUUUAACUGUCGUAAAUAAAUCAGAUCGGAUUCUUAAGAUGAGAUUAGGAAUAAUUUAAUCCAGGCCCUGAUUUUUAAAUAAUUUUAACUGAUAUGGGAGCUAAAGAUUCAAAGCAAACUUGCAUUACAUAUGAAGAGGCUGUCAAGAGAGUCAAUGAGGCGGAAUACAAACGCUUGAAGGAAGCAUUCAAGAGGCUGUCCAAUCUCAAUGGUUUCAUCAGUAAGCAGUCUUUUGUAAAAGAUGUCCUGGGAGAUGGAGUCCCAGUACCCGUUGCCGAGUACAUCUACACAGCUUGUGGAGGGACAACCAAAGGAAUUGCUCUUAAAGAACUGCUAUGUGGACUUGUUCUUAUCACUCGUGGUCGGGAAGAGGAGAAAAUCAAAUUUUUGUUUAUGCUGUAUUCCAAUGAGAGUGGCACUCAUGUAGUCAGAGAAGAAUUCCAGAAACAUCUACAUGUAUGUGAGAGUGGUUAUAUACCCGACUCAAUCGGAAGCCUGUUCAAUGAGAGGAGGAAAGACCAAGCAACAUAUGAAGAGUUCCGUGAGUGGCUGAAGGAGUACCCAGACGCCACUUCACUCAGUCGUUGGCUUCUGUGUGAGCCUUGUACAGUCACUAUCAGCAAUGAAAUGGAGACCCCCACAUUCUACCAGACACUUGCUGGGGUUACACACUUGGAAGAGAGGGACAUCAUUGAGCUUGAGAAGCGCUACUGGGUUCUGAAGGGGGAAUCAAGAACUGGGAAGUUAGACUUGGACACUCUCCGACCCCUGAUAAGUCCUCCUGUACCGUUGACUGUGUGUGCUGGAGUCUUUGCAGCCUUUGAUGAGAACAGAGACAACCACAUAGACUUCAAGGAGAUGGCGUGUGGUAUCUCAGCCGCCACCAGGGGCCCGAUGGCAGAACGGCAAAAGUUCUGCUUCAAGGUUUUUGACCUUGAUCGUGAUGGUUAUCUUUCCGAAAGCGAGAUCAAACAUAUGGUGACAGUCCUACUUCACGUACGCAACGAGAACCACACUAUGACACCAAAACUUGGAUGUGACGCUAGUAAGGAAGAAGAAGAAGUAUUGUCAGAGUUGAGGAAGCGUGCUUCACCCAAAGGCUUAACUAUUGAGGAGUAUCUUAUUUGGUCCAUGGAGAAUAAUCUCUCUAUGGACUUUCUAUGCCUUCUAUUUCAGGUGUGUCAUAUCGUGCUGGGACUGCGACCCACGUCUAGUCAAGAGGAAGGAGAGAUUGUCAGAGGGUGGUUAGAGAGGGAGGAGAGGAGGGGCUACAGUGUUGGUCAGUUCUGGUACCUGAUAGCCAUGGACUGGUGGGUGUCUUGGUUGGAGUAUGUCGGCUACCCCAGGAACCUUGGAAGUAUGAGUGGCAGUGAAGUUUCUCUGAACAAUAUUAUAUCAUCAGAUUACAACCCAACUGGCAGCCUGAAGCGAGUAGCUCAACGACUGACAGGCAAUAAGAGGACUAUCGUAGAAAACUGCCUGGCACUUGAGAACUCUCCAGUGGUGGUGACUGGAAUAACCUCUCUUGAACCAUCAGAGCCUCCAGGCCUUAGUCUUAGUGUGACUCCUAGUCCAUCCCAGUCACCGAGACCCAUCCGGCGCUACCCUGUCAAGCCUGGACCCAUCGACAACUCGGGUCUGGUUGCUCCUCCUAUGUUCAAGGUUAAUAGUCUGACUGGAGAGGGAGGAAAGCUCAAGAAGAACUUUGGGAUUCGAUCCCGAGACUUUGAACUGGUUCCCGAUUCAUUGUGGAAAGCUCUUUCUCAGUGGUAUGGAGGGUCCCCUGCACUACCCCGCCAGGUUAUAUUGCCCAAGGGGGGUAGCCAGGUUGAGUUGGAGCUGUACCCCAUCACAGUAAAGUUGCUCCGUCACCAGAGCCAACCUGCUAGGCUACCUCAGCAGCCUAACACAUGGUCUGGUAUGGUGGGGGGUUACGGAGCAGCAGCACUUAGUACAACAGGCUACGCAUAUGUAUCCAACCUGCCGACUGCUCCGAAGCGUUAUCUCGCCUACUUGGCUACAUUCAGCAGAAUGGCCACUGUCAAUCAAGUCUACGACUUCCUAUGCGAAAGGCUUCAUUUCCGAGCAGAUGACAUGCGUCUAUGGCUCUACAGAGACGAGAACAACAUGUUGUUGAUGGAGGAGGAGGAAGCCACUCUAGAAGAUCUUGGAGUGUGUGAUGAAGACCAAUUGCUGAUUGAAAUUAGAAACAAAGACCAAACAUGGCCUGAGGAGAUAGGCUCUCUGUCUAUGUCUCCCAAUGAUAAAGCCAAACAACCUGUGGCCACUGAAAAGGGUGCUACGGGACUGAACAACUUGGGAAAUACUUGUUUCAUGAACUCUGCACUCCAGUGUGUUAGCAAUACUAGAAUACUUACCAGAUAUUUCCUUAACAACUUCCAUCUGUACGAACUUAACAGGACAAACACUCUGGGGAUGAGGGGAAACAUGGCGAAGCGCUACGGAGAUCUGAUUCAUGAGAUAUGGAGUGGGUCUGCCAAAACUGUGGCUCCUCUCAAGCUAAGGUGGACAAUCGGCAAGUACGCCCCUCGCUUCAAUGGUUCGCAGCAGCAUGAUGCACAGGAACUGCUUGCGUUUUUGCUGGACGGUCUUCAUGAAGACCUUAAUCGAGUACAUGAUAAACCUUACGUAGAACUGAAUGACAGCGAUGGUCGCUGUGAUGUCAAUGUAGCUCAAGAGGCAUGGGAGAACCACAUACUAAGAAAUAAAUCUAUCAUUGUUGAUCUUUUUCACGGCCAGCUGAAGUCUAAGGUUCGAUGCAAGGAAUGUGGUCAUGAGUCUGUAAGAUUUGACCCAUUUAACUAUCUUUCUCUGCCUUUACCCAUGGAAUCCUACAUACAUAUGCAAGUGACAGUGAUCAGAUUAGAUGGAUCAAUCCCGACAAAGUAUGGACUACGUCUGAAUCAAGAUGACAAGUAUGCCGCUCUCAAACAACAGCUGGCUAGUUUGUGUAACAUUCAGCCUUUCUUCAUCAAACUGGCUGAGCUGAGUAACUCACAAAUUAAGAAUGUACCCAAUGAUGAUCACAAGAUCAAAGCCCCCCCAAGUGGCCAAAUUGGGAUUUUGUAUGCCUACGAACUACCUCCUUGUCAGGGCGGGUCUGUGUUUGGAGACGAGGAGAGAUUGUCCAUCAACAGCCUUAAGUCUCAAAGGGAAGCUCAGACGUUUCAAGCUAUCCAGCGAUCUACUCAACCUACUGUUACCCCAGCUGUUCCCCAUAAAGUGUACCAACAUGCAGUAUUCCACAGCGAAGACCACAAUAACGUUUCUAGUCCAACUGAUUCUGAGGUGUGCCUUACUACUGCAGACGGACUGGUCGUGGAGGUGGCUGAGACUAUUCCUGACAGUGGCAACUGUAGUGCCUCCAGCUGUAGCCUAGCUGACAGUAUAGACACCAACUCCUGCCAACAACCCAGCUAUAUCACCUCCUACCAUCGCAAAAUGACUCAACAAGACAAUUACUUUGUGUCAUCCCAGAAGAGCAAGCCCAGCCUGUUUGGUCUGCCUGUGAUAGUUCCCUGCUGUGACAACACCACACACCAAGACUUGUACCAAGCAGUAUGGCUACAGGUGGCUAGACUGGUCUCUCCGUUACCUCCCUCCGAGACUGCUCCUCCCAACCACGCCAUGGACUGUGAUGACAGUCUAGGUUACGAGUUCCCGUUUGUACUCAAGGCAGUGAACAAAGAUGGGUUUCUUUGCGCCUGGUGUCCCUGGUACAGGUUUUGUCGCGGAUGUCGAAUUCAGUGCUGCGAUACGGAGUUUAACUUUUCAAGUAACUAUCUGGCCAUUGACUGGGACCCAACUGCCUUACAUCUGCGUUACCAAACUGCUCAAGAGAAGGUUGUUGAGGAGCACAACAGUGUACAGACAGUGAGACAACUACAAUUGGAACCAAUCAACCUAGACUAUUGUCUGGAAGCUUUUACCAAAGAAGAACAUCUCGGAGAGGAAGAAAAGUACUACUGUUCGAAGUGCAAAGAACAUCAACUCGCCAGCAAGAAACUAGAGAUUUGGAGGCUACCUCCCAUCUUGAUUGUUCACUUGAAGAGAUUUCAAUACGUGAAUGGAAAAUGGGUGAAAUCUCAAAAAGUUGUCAAGUUUCCGUUUGAAAACUUUGAACCCACUACAUAUUUGGCUUCAAUACCCCGAGAAACGGUGAUUAGACACAAGGCUUCUCUUGAUCAAAAAAGUAGUGAUGACAAAUCCAAGGCAACUACCUCAGAGAGCUCAGUGGAAUCUGAGAUGAAUCCACUGCAGGAUUUCCACCAGCAUCUGUUGAGUGAAGAGGCAGAUCCGUUUGAUCUACGAUACAACCUAUACGCCAUCACGAGCCACUCUGGAAUCCUUGGUGGAGGUCAUUACGUGGCUUACGCCCAGAACCCAAAUGGAAAGUGGUAUUGCUACAACGACAGUAGUUGUAAGGAAGUUGUGGACUUGGACACUAGUUCUGCGUACAUGCUCUUCUACGAGAGGAAGGGAAUCUGUGAGUCGAGGUACAUGCCUAACAUCACAGGUCGACAGACACCUGACACAGCUGAACUAGAUGAAGACUUUGAAAAUGACUUCAAGAAAUCGUGCUUACUCAUGUAAUCAAGACACUUUGUUCUCUCGUCAUUAUUUAAUUUGUGAUUGUUGUAAGUAAGAUACUUUGCAAAUUUUUAUGAAGCUGGGUUCUUUCGAGCAAUCUCAAGCAGUUGUUGUUUUCAUAUUUUAAUGAUCAUAUAAUUUGUUGGUGUUAUCAGUUCGUUAUUUAUUCAAUAAUUUAUGAAUUGUUGAAUUAUGUUUCAAUUUUUGUGUUUAAUGGAUACAGUUGUUAUUUGUACACUGAAUUAUUUAUGUAACGAUUAAAACAAUAAAUUACUAAAGUUUAAGUCAUGUAUUGAUACAGUUCAGUAAAAAGUGUGAAGUUAAAAAAUUAUGUCUCAAAAAUGUGUUGAGAAAUAAAUUUGAAAUUAAAUUUUGCUAUUUUUAUUCUUUAAAUUGCUGUGUUAUAAAAUGUAUCGGCCCGUAUCAGUUAGCCCUUAAAGUUUGUAGGAAAAAAAUAAUGUUUAGUUAAGUUAUAGCUUUCACCACAGCUGCUACUGUCUGGACUGAGAUUUCAACAUUUUCACUUUCAUUUCAUUUGUGUGUCAUAUUUUGUUAGGAACUAGGUAUAACUGUUUUAUACUCUUUGUUUGUAUCACUUAAAACGUAAUUACUUUCCCACAGCUAUGUGCCAUCUUGUACAAUUUUUCAAUUGAAUUAUGUUAUUCCUAGCUUAGUAAAAACUAAACUUUUGUUUCUCUAUAGCAUUGCCCUCUUUAGGAAAGUAGUAAUGCCCACCUAUUUUUUAACUAACUUUUAAAAUAUGCCAAGUUGCCAAUUAUAUCCUGUUGACACAAACUAUUUUGGUUUUUUUGGGGGGGAGGGGUUUUAGAAAGGUUUUAGAAAGCUUCAUCCGACACCUCCUAAAAUCAAAUUUAAGUAUCUUACAUUAUUUAAAACUUAAUACUGCCACUUUUGUAUGUGUAAUGAAUUCUGUGUUUGUACAAGGGCUAUCCAGAAAGUAGAUUACGUUUUUGUCUGUAUCCGCUAGGGGCGGGGCUAGCGCAACCAUCUUGGUGUUAGUUCGUUAUGCAGCUCAGUCGGCAUCUAGCCGUGCUAGUAAGAGGUUUCUGCUGUACUCUGUUGAAUUACUGUGGCAGUUUAAAAUGUCUGUGUUAAUUUAAAAUACCGUGAACUGUGAAGUGUGUGCAAAAAAAAAAAAAAAUGAAUGGACUCUUUGGUUACAGUUUGGCAACCAAGCUUUUUGGUUAUGAUCUUGUGCAACAAACUUCGCAAAAUUUGUGGAAACCCCAUAGAGAGUUCUGUUAUUGUGAACUUUCGAGCUUUACGGACAUCGGCAUCGACUUUUUCGACAAGUUUGGCAGUCACAAUGAUGGGUCUUCCACUUCGCUCUUCAUCGUAAACGUUAGUUCGGCCAUUUUUAAAUUUAAUGACGCACUGACAUACUCCACCUUCAAUAAUAAUGUUUUCCCCAUAAACUUCACAAAGUUGCCGAUAGUUUUCUAUCGGUUUACAGUUUUUUGCAGUCAAAAACCUUACAACUGCACGCAUUUCACAGUUCGCGGCAUUUUCAAUUAACACAGACAUUUUAAACUGUCACA